AUGGUAACCCGCUGGCGACGAUUUGUAAGAUGGAUUGUCACUUUGGAUCAUGAAACAUCAUUGUCACCAUCAUUAUUAUCUUUGGGGACUGAAAGGGCAUACGAGACGUUACCUAGCGUUACAAAUUAUAUUUUUUGUCUAGGUGGCAGACUAAGAACUAAUAGAAUUAUGAGUUGGUAUAAGUAUUUACCUGUUAUUGUGUUUGUUAUUAUUAUUAUGCCGUGUGUGCUUUUUUCAAUAUUUGAGACACCAUAUAAUGUAAGUCGUCAUGAUAACUUAUCAUUAAUCUCAUUAGUUGUAUUAUUCUAUUAUUUUUGGGCGAUGACACUAUUAACGUUUCUAAGAACAGCCACAGGCGAUCCAGGAAUGUUGCCAAGGAAUAUUCAUCCAGGUCAGUGGCAAUCAUUUGAUAAUAAUAAUAAUAAUAAUCUUAUUGUUUCACAAUUUUUUACUCCACAAGAUUAUUACAAUAUUAUUACAUUACCUGCACACACGUCCAAGAAAAAUCAUCCAGAGAGAAAUAACACCAUCGAUAUCAAGUAUUGUUGGACUUGUAAGAUAUGGAGGCCACCAAGAUCACACCAUUGUCCUACAUGUGAUGUUUGCAUCCAGACACACGACCACCAUUGUAUGUGGGUUAACAAUUGUGUUGGACAAAGAAAUUACCGCUAUUUUAUAUCAUUUUUAAUUGCAUCCACGUUUACAUCAAGCUUACUGAUAAUUACAUCUCUAAUUCAUCUGCACAGAGUCCAUUGGGUUGUCAAGAGAAGUCCGGUGUCUGUUUUCUUGAUUAUAUACGGUGGGCUGACCAUAUGGUAUCCAUUUAUCCUUUUAUUGUAUCACAUUGCAAUGACAGCAACACAACAAACAACAAGAGAGUACUUAAAGACCAUGAGUGAUAAUAGUGUUAAAAAUCCAGUGAUGCAUCCAAGGAUUAAAAGGGUAUCCACAAAUAUCUUUGAUAGAGGGAAUUGCGUGACUAACAUGUUUUCUUUGAUGGGACAAGUUCGUGGACCUAAUCUGUGGCCACCAAGAGACAGAGUAUCUAGAAGUGGGGAUUGGAGACUACAAAAGUGGUAA